AUGCUCUGGAGAAAAUUUGUGGAUGCUCUUUUUGCAGCCACCUUGACUGCUGCUUACUGCAGAAGAAACCCUGAAACUGGCGUGGAAGAAGACUACGUCAAUGACGAUCCUACUAAAGCCGUGCCCGUGUGUAACGAAAAAUUGAAGGUCAAUGCUACGAUUUUCGAGCCCGAUAACACCAUUUUGAUGAACUUCAAUACGGAAACCAUGUGGGCAGUGUUUUACGAAAAAAGGGCCAACAAAAGGACCAUUUUGAGAUCCUACGGCGAGUGCUUGAUGGAGCAAGGUAUCGAGAUGUUCAGGCUCAGUAUGUUGCCGUUUGAUGAAUUUUCGGAGAAUUACAAGGAGGCCCCCAAGAACUGUGCAGAGCUCCGUAAUCCUCCAAAACCAGACAUCAAGACCAUGGAAGAGGGGUUCGUAGGUGGAGGAUACCAAGGUAUGCGUAAUGGGGCCAGGGUUGUGGGGGUCAAUCCUCUUUUUGUGGAGCAUCCCGUGGAAUCGAUGUUCUGA